CCAUAUCAUUAACACACGCAGCCGCGAUAAUAUUCACAGCUUCAACAUGACUUCUUGGUUCCCAGACCCCAGGCGGAUUGUCACCGGCCACAAUUCGCAAGGCAGAGCAGUUGUUGUUGCCGACAGCCCAAUUCCUUGCGUCCCAACGCCGACGGGGGCCAACUUUGCGGUGCUCUAUGAGACGCACCAAUUCCCAGCCUCCAACGACGAAUGGGUUGAUCCUACCAAGACGCGAACCACUGACUUGUCGAACAACAAGGGGAUUAUUCUCCGGGUUGUCGACAUCCCACCAAAAGUGGAAACGGUAACAUUGUUCCAUCGGACGGAGUCGCUAGAUUUCGGCAUCCUUCUCAAUGGAGAAGUUUCCUGCCAUCUCGAUGAUGGCGUCCGCAUCGAUAUGAAGCCUGGCGAUGUGUGCGUCCAGCGCGGCACGAUUCACGGAUGGACAAACUACUCAGAGGAACCCGCUCGCCUGUACUUUGUCUUAUCAGCUGCUACGCCUGUCAAAAUUGAUGGAAAGUCAUUGACGGCUUAUGGCUACACCAAGGAAGAGGUCGAAAGUGGAGGCGCAUCACACUAGAUAUUUGGUUAUAGUUUUUCUACCAAGUAUUUCCGAGGCUUUCAUCUGUUGGAUAUGAGAUGGGAAAAAACGAUGCGUUGCACGUGCUUGCAUAGAUUUACGAAAUGCCAUGAUUUCAGAUGGGCGCGCUGCUUAUCUCUCUAUCCGCUAAACUGUCUCCUGCGCGUCGUUUCAAUAUUAUGAUCCAGCUCUCGCUCCACGCCUCACGCAAUUUUUUUUUUGUUAUUUAUUAGUAGUACUAUUUAUACAUGUUGAGGAGGCCAAUUGGAUGAAUAUCUAGAGCGAUGUCGAGUUUAGCUUUGAAAGAUUAUGGGUGGCAAGUCUCAUGCAGCGCACGUUUCCGCACAUAUCCGGGUACAUAGAGAUUGCAACAACCUCUUUUGACUCUCAG